GUGCGCCAUCCUGUUUGCAGACGAUCUUCGGCUCUAACGUCGCCUCUGUGUCAACAUUGAGAGAGAUGACCAACGACAAACAACCAACAAACAGCGGCGUUUAACGUUAGCCGCUAACGUUACACGACUUAACGGACGUGUGUGGUUUUUUUCUCGCCUUGCCUGAGUGAACACGUCAAGUAGCGGUGUGUGAAGCCGGCUUGCCUUAUCUUUUUUUAAUAGUAAAAUUCGGUAAGGAAAACAAACAGUGUCAAUUUGUUUGCAUUGACAGCAGCAUACAAGCUAGCAGGACUGUUUCCCGGUGCUCAGCUAAUGACGUACGUGUGUUGUGUUUUCCAGCAGCGGCGGAGACUGACACCCUAAUGGAGACAUAAAAACCCUUACUGAUGGAAACCCAGAGGAAGAGCUCUGGGGAUGACGAUGGUGGAGAGCGAGGCCUGCUCCACACCUGGAAGGGCUACUCCUGUAGCGUCACCCCAGAAAGGCUGCUCCUCCCCGGGCCGAUCCUCCAGGUCGCCCUGGGCACACGGCAUGGUGUUCUGCUGGUGGAAGGCGGACAAGUGUACAGUUUUGGGGAGAUGCCAUGGAAGCAGAGUCAAGCGCCCGAGCCGGCCAAGCCCACCCUGGAGAGCGCGCUCAGCGGCCAGCGCGUGGUCGCCGUCGCGGCCGGGAGCUUCCACAGCGGCGCGGUGACGGAGGACGGCGGCGUCCACAUGUGGGGCGACAACGGCUCGGGCCAGUGCGGCCUGUCGGGCCUCAGCGCCGUCCCCAACCCGACUCCGGUCGCCCUGUUGGACUCUGGCGCUGCCGCCAGCCCCCCGCAGACGGCUCCGGUGCUGGAGCUGGCCUGUGGGGAGCAGCACACCCUGGCGCUGUCGGCCCAGCGGGAGGUGUGGGCGUGGGGCAGCGGUGGCCAGCUGGGCCUCGGCGUCCACGCCUUCCCCGUCUGGAAGCCCCAGAAGGUCGAGCACUUGGCGGGCAGGCACGUGCUCCAGGUGGCGUGCGGGGCGUCCCACAGCCUGGCCCUGGUGCGCUGCCUGAGCCCGCAGGACGUCCACCGCCCCCUGGUGGACAAAUGCAGACAGUGCAACCAGCUGCUGUUCACCAUGACAGACAAAGAGGACCACGUCAUCAUCUCUGACGGCCACUACUGCCCGCUCGGCGCGGGGCCGGCCGAGGGCGGGCACGGGCCGGAAGCGCUCGCUCCGUCGACGCAAGCCCUCAAAACCUCCCCGUCCGAGCCGGUCCUCUCCUUCCACGCCGCAGCCUCCUCAAACGCCCCGGCGCCCACGGGAGGCGCCGAGCCCACUCAGGACUCAGAGAACGAGGCGUCCGACGGAGCGCUGCCGGCCUCGGACUCGGACCCCUCGGCUCAGUCCAGAUGCGGAGGUGUUUCCGGGGUCAAGGGUUCACCCUAUCCGGAUGAGCAGGCCGUCAAAGACUAUCUGAAGAGACUGUCGGAGAGCGCGCAGGCGGAUCAGACAGCGAAGGCGACUCUGCUGACGUCGGAAGGAAGGCUGACCACCUCCACCGCCACGCUCAACAGCCUGGUGGCGUCCUGCGCCUCCGCCGUGGGCGAGCGGGUCGCCUCCACCUACGAGGCCCUGUCCCUCAAAAAGAUGAUGAGCUUCUACCUGCCCUCAGGAGCGGCGAGGGCAGACGGGCCGGUCGCGGGGCUCGCGGGCAUCGCCGGCGACAACGGCGCCGAGCGCGUCCGCCAAGAGGACUCCACACAGGCCAAGAAGAGCUCCAGCACGGGGGACAUCCGCGAGGAGGAGGCCGAGGGUCUGCGGCGGCGCCUCUCGCUGCCAGGACUCCUCUCUCAGGGUAGAUACGCUGUUCACCUCUUAUCCUCCUCCUAUACCCUGCUGCUGUCCCCGCGGCUGCUGAGGAAAGCCGGUCGUCCGAGGAUGCGUGCGGUCGCCCUCACCCCAUUGGGAGGGGUGGUCCCCGGGACCCAGGAGGUGUUUCCCAGCCUGCAGACGGAGGUGUGGAGCUGGGGUCACGGCGAGCACGGACAGCUGGGACAUGGAGAUGGUCUGGCCAGAUUACAGCCGCUGUGCAUCAAGAGUCUGAACAAUAAGGAGGUGGUGCGGGUGGCAGCCGGUGCUCAUCAUUCCCUCGCUCUGACUGCUCAGUCUCAGGUGUUUUCAUGGGGAAGUAACAGCUCUGGUCAGCUUGGACACACGGAGUCACCCAGCACUGUCCCCCGCCUCGCAAAGCUGUCAGAGGGGAUCCGGGUCUGGGACAUAAGUGCUGGAGAUAGACACACUCUCCUGCUGGCAGACGGAGACUGCUUCCUUCCGAUCAUUUACUACAGCGGACAGCAGGUGAAAGAGGGGGUGGAUGAGAGCCACGCCAAGGGGCCGGGUGAACAGGAAGAAGGGACGGAAGAGGAGGAGCGAGUAGGGGGCUACACCCAGCAGCCUGUACUGCUGCCCUUCUGCAUGGAUCUCGGUUAUGUGAGCAACGUGGUUGCGGGCGGCCAGCGGUGCGUGGCGCUCUCGGACAGGAACGUGAUGGGCUUCAUCGCCAGCCUCCACGAGCUGGCCUCAGCCGAGAGGAAGUUCUACUGCAAGCUGUGUACCAUCAAGACACAGAUAAUACGCCCCCUGCUGGAGCUGGAGUCUCUGAGUUCGGCCCUCAGCCCGGCGGCCAUCGGGCUCCUGCAGACUCUCGCCGGCCGAUUCAGCCUCUUGUGUCACCUGACCGGGCAGCACGCCGCCAGCCUCACCGCACACCUGCGCCGCGUCCGUGACGUCAAAAGCCUGCUCAUCCUAGACCACGCCGGCAUCUUCCUCGACUCCUACCACGAGUACUGCAGCACUGUGGGCAACUUCCAGGUGAUGGGAGGUUUCCAGACCCUGACCAAACCCUCACUAGAUUUCUUUGGGAAGAGUCCCGAGCUGCUGAAAAGGCUGUCUGAGUGCAGCGAGGAGAACCCCAGCAUGGCCGACCUCCUGGUGGCGCUCUUCUUCCUCCCAACGCGCCACCCUCACGAAUACGGCCGGCUGCUGCUCAAACUGGCCACCUGCUUUGAAGUGUGCUCCGAUGAAUACCAGAUGCUGCAGGACAGCUGCUCUAAGUUCGAAGCUUUGGCCCUCGAGCUGAAGAGAAAAAGGAAGGAUGCUGAAUACACCUUCCAUUUCUGGAAGAGCUUCCCUGGCAAAAUGACGGACUCUCUGCGGAAGCCUCACCGCCGGCUGAUCUGCGAGAGCAGCAACAAAGCUCUGACGCUACAGAACGCCGGGAGGUUCUCCGUCAACUGGUUCAUCGUGUUCAACGACGCUUUGGUCCACGCACAGGGCGUGGCGCCUUGUAAAAAUCUCUUCUCCACCCAUCACGUCUUCCCCCUGGCCACGCUUUGGGUGGAGCCCAUCCCAGAGGAGAACACCGGCCUAUAUGGGUUAAAGGUGAUCACACCAGAGGAGACGUUCAACCUGCUGGCCUCCUCUGCUAUGGAGAAGGCCAAGUGGCUUCGCUCCAUCAACCAGGCGGUGGAGCAGGCCCUGAGCGGGGCGGGGCAGGACACAGCGUCAGUUGGCUCCGGGUCGGGGCAAAAGCUGGAACCCCCCAUCUCCAGGACGGCCUCCUACACUUUUUAUAAGGACGGACGGCUGAAAGACGCAACGUACGAAGGACGCUGGCUCGCCGGCAAGCCCAACGGCAGGGGAGUGUUAAAAUGGCCUGAUGGGAGAAUAUACACGGGGACCUUCAAGAACGGACUGGAAGAUGGUUUCGGUGAAUUUGUGGCUCCCAAUAAGACGCUCAACAAGGCCGAUCACUAUCAAGGUCACUGGAAAGAUGGCAAGAUGCACGGCGUCGGGACGUACAGGUAUGCCAGCGGUGAGGUCUACGACGGAUUCUUCCAGGACAGCAUGCGACACGGCCACGGCGUGCUGCGCAGUGGCAAGCUCAACACCUCCUCCCCCAGCGUCUUCAUUGGCCAGUGGCUGCAGGACAAGAAGACCGGCUACGGCGUCUUCGAUGACAUCACAAAAGGGGAGAAGUACAUGGGCAUGUGGCAGGAUCACCUGCGGCAGGGCACCGGGGUGGUCGUCACUCAGUUCGGCCUGUACUACGAAGGAGCCUUCAAAGAUAACAAGAUGAUGGGCACUGGGAUCCUCCUUUCAGAGGACGACACCACGUACGAGGGCGAAUUCUCUGACGACUGGACUCUCAAUGGAAAGGGCGUGCUUACCAUGGCCAACGGUGACUACCUGGAGGGCUCCUUCAACGGCGAAUGGGGCUCCGGCCUCAAAGUAGCGGGGUCCUACUUCAAGCCACACCUUUUUUUGGACACCGACAAAGACAAGACCCGCGCUGUGAAGCUGGGGCGUCUGUGUGUGCGCGCGGAGGAUAAGUGGAAGGCGGUGUUCGAGGAGUGCUGGAGGCAGCUGGGCUGCGAGGAGCCGGGCCGAGGAGAGAACGGGACGGCCUGGGAGAACAUCGCCGUGGCCCUCACCACCAGCCGACGACACAUCCAGGACAGUCCGGAGACGUUGUCUCAAAGCCACAGCAGAACCCUGGAGAGCCUGGAGGUCAUCCCACAGCACGUUGGCCUGAUCACCAUGGAGAGAUAUCACACCAUCCGCCUCUACCUCAUCAAGGCGUGUGACACCCCCCUCCACCCACUGGGCCGGCUUUUGGAGACCCUGGUGGCGGUCUACAGGAUGACCUACGUUGGAGUCGGAGCCAACCGCCGGCUGCUGCCUCAGGCGGUCAACGAGAUCAAGUCGUACCUCAACCGCAUCUUCCAGAUCGUCAGAUUUCUUUUCCCAGACCUGCCAGAAGAGGGCGGUCUAAUUCCAGAGCCGACCACCAACGUCCAGGACAAGAAGGACCCAGGUUCCGACGAUGCCCCGCCGGAGUCACCCAAACCUGGUCGCGUGGUGAGCAGCUCGGCUCUGCUGCUCCCGGUCCUGCUUCCCCGCCUCUACCCGCCGCUGUUCACCCUCUACGCCCUGGAAAAGGAGCGAGAGGACGACGUCUACUGGGAGUGUGUCCUCCGCCUCAACAAGCAGCCCGACCUGGCCCUGCUCGCCUUCCUGGGCGUUCAGCAAAAGUUUUGGCCUGUUUCCAUUCCCGUCCCCAUGCCUGCACUUGGGGAGAAGCAGCAGGUCCUCUCCAGCACCAAGGACGUCUGCUUCGCUUCCGCAGUGGAAACACUGCAACAGAUCAGCACAACAUUCACCCCGUCAGAUAAGCUGCAGCUGAUCCAGCUCACCUUCGAGGAGAUCACCCAGGAGGUGCAGGCGCUGUUGAAGCAGGACUUCCUGUGGUCCAUGGACGACCUUUUCCCCGUCUUCCUCUACGUGGUGCUGCGUGCACGAAUCAGGAACCUGGGGUCAGAGGUCAGCCUGAUCGAAGACCUGAUGGACCCCUGCGUGCAGCACGGAGAGCAUGGGAUCAUGUUCACCACACUCAAGGCUUGCUACUACCAGAUCCAGCACGAGAAGAUCACUUAAGACGAGCUUCGACGUUAACUUCCCCGCCGUCCCGACCCUACCAUACCAUCGCAGCCAAUCGCACGGGGCCGACGGUCAGCGAUGCUUCUCGGGGAUGACCGAUUGUAAGCGCCAGCCAACGGGGAGCGGGGGAAUCGUACGAACAGGUUGCCGACGGCUCUAUCUGCCGCCGUCACGGAGAUGCGUGUGUCCCCCUCUCUCUCCGACACACACACACAAACACACAAACUCCCCCCCUCCUUUUUUUUUAGGUGACCUUUACCGGCUUCUUAGCCACUGAUCAUGAAGGUACACGUGUGAAUAAUGUCGCUGUUAUUAUCGACUUCAUACCGUCCAGUGUGAAACUGUCCACAGCUGAAAAGACAAAGGUGAAGGUGACGUUGUUACCUGGGAGCAAAUUCAGGGUUCAUACCAGUGGUUUUUUUUGCCAAUGACUUGUUUGUUUUUCUGGUUUAUCUUCUCACGGUCAGCACACUGUGAAGUACUGUGAAGAAUCCAUUUCUUUUAGCAUGAAAAACUACUUUUUCGGCAAGGCGAUCCAUCGCAGAAAACCUUCCCUUUUUUCAGCGUUCAGUUUCGGCUUAUUUUUGCUUCUUGCCACCUACAUGAAGAAAAUGGGACAUAACGAGGAAAUCGUCUCCUAAAAGCAUGUCACUUUAUUAAAACUGACAAACUUU